AUCUUUCGUUGAUAAGAGAAAUAAACAGGAGGAAAUUUCUGUUUUGGAAAUGAACCUUUUUGCAUUAGUCGUUGCUACUUCGUUUAUAACGUCCUUAACCGCAUCACAGAACACAAACGGGGAAACAAGGCGUUUUCUUUUAGAUGGUCUACAUGUUGAUAAGGAUGAACUAGAUAAGAUUCCAGACUUUUUAAAGCAAAUUGAGUGUACAAAAUGUAAAUGUGAUCAUGAAUGUCACGCACGAGAUUUUGAUCUUAAAGAGGAUGAUGUUUGCAAAGAUUUCUGGGAUUCCAUUUCAUGCACAGCUACAGCUGUUUCAUCUGGAAACACUGGAGUAACAUCCGAUCACUGUGCGAGCGCACUGUGCAAAAAUAAUGGAACUUGCAACAAUGUCCAAAGUACUUACAUGUGUAAUUGUCAGACAGGAUGGACGGGAAACACCUGCGAAACAAAGGUACAACCGCAAGAUCAGUGUGCAACUCUGAACUGUCACCAUGGAACAUGUUCCAUAACCAAUGGCGUGGCUAGUUGUACCUGUAACCAAGGCUGGAAAGGCAACCAAUGUCAGACAGAUAUUAAUGAAUGUACACAACAUCCAUGUCUUCACAACGGAUAUUGCAUGAAUACGGAUGGAACAUAUUCUUGUUCAUGCGCGAAUGGUUGGGAAGGCAGUCAGUGUGAUAUAGACACCAAUGAAUGUUUGAGGAACCCAUGCCCUAUUGCCAACGCUACCUGUACCAAUACUGAUGGGUCAUACACCUGUAGUUGUCCGAGUGGAUGGGAAGGCGUUAACUGCGAAAUAAAGGUAAAACCGCAAGAUCAGUGUGCAGCUCUGAACUGUCUCCAUGGAACAUGUUCCGUUACCAAUGGCGUGGCUAGUUGUACCUGUAACCAAGGCUGGAAAGGCAACCUAUGUCAGACAGAUAUUAAUGAAUGUACACAACAGCCAUGUCAACACAACGGAUAUUGCAUGAAUACGGAUGGAACCUAUUCUUGUUCCUGUGCGAAUGGUUGGGAAGGCAAUCAGUGUGAUAAAGACACAGAUGAAUGUCUUCUGAACCCAUGCCCUAGUGCCAAUGCUACCUGUACCAACACUGUUGGAUCUUACACCUGUAGUUGCCCAAGUGGGUGGGAAGGCGUUAACUGCGAAAUAGAUAUUGAUGAGUGCACAAGAUACAGAUUUUGUCAGAACGGGGCCACGUGUGUAAACACCCAAGGACAGUUUACUUGCACGUGUCAGAGUGGAUGGAAAGGAACGCAGUGCCAAACAGAUGUGGAUGAAUGCUUGAGCAACACUUGCAAACAUGGAGCUUGUAGCAAUAACCAAGGCUCAUACACAUGUACCUGUUCUCCAGGGUGGUUUGGAGUUAACUGUGAAAAAGGUGCUAACUCAACCGAAUGUGAUCAUAUUUGUUCCCUAGAAUCGGCCGUGAAACAGGUACCAGUUAACUUCCCCUCUGCCACGUGCAGUGGUUCCUCAACUUUCGCUCCGAAUGAGGCGUUGCUUCAAACAUGUUGUGGUAUUGGUGAUAAAUCGGGUUGGAAACAAGGAGAAAAGGUCAUGACUAAGUGCGGCACAAAUUCUAUGAAUGCAUUCACGCCAGUGGCUGCCUACAUAAACGGUGUCAUAGUACCUGACACAGCUGGCAUCUUGACUGGAUGUCUUCAUCAUGGGGAAACCGGCUUUAUGAUAAUUCGGCAAGAUUGCUUAACAAAGCCGACACUAUAUCACUUGAAUGGCACAAACACUGGCAUUUUUGAGAGUAACCCACAAAAGUACUACGAACUGAUAUAAGUGUAAUGAUUAUAAAUCAAUGAGAAAUAAAGUUAUUAUGUGGUUGC